UUAUUCCCUUUAGCAAUUUUAGCAUACGUUGUAAUAAUACACCUCUACCGGCGUAGGAAAUCAACUGUUAUUCAAUAUCUGUAGUUUAUAUCAGAUAGGUAUAUAGUUUAAAACUACUUACAUAAAUUUAAUAAAUUACCGUAAGUGAGUAACUUACAGUAAUGGAAACCCAAGAUGUAAGUGAAGAAAUUCUUCAUAGACACCGCAAGGAACGAAAAGACUUACAAGGGAAAAUCCAAGCCUUAAAAAAGACGGCAACAAAAGGAGAUAAAAAGAAGAAGAAAGAGGUUAUGGAGGAAAUCGCCAAACUUGAGAGCGAAAUGGACAAAAGGCACGAAGAGGAAUUGGCUGAAGUCAGUACAUCUUCAAGCAAUGCCAAUGUAACAACUAUGACCGAUUCACUUAACAACUUGACCGUUAACACUGAUGACGACGAGGUCCCCGGAUUAACGCAGCAUCGUAUCACGAAAGCUCAAAAAAGGAGGGAAAAGAAAGCGGUGCAACUUCAGCAACGAGAGCUACGUAUCGCUGAACAAGAAGUUCAGAACUUGCAAGGAGAAAGAGCUGUAGAGAUCCAAAAAAUUAAAGAGAUUCUAAAGCAGAGGGACCUCAUGGUGUUUGAGAUACCAUCUGAUGGAAAUUGCCUUUACUGUGCGGUGGAGCACCAGGUGCGCAGUGUGAGAGGGGCUGGCGCUCCCAAUGUCAGCGAGCUGCGCAUGAUGACGAGUGAGUUCCUGCGGAAGAACAUGGACUACUUCCUGCCGUUCCUGAGCCAUCCGGACACUGGGGAGAUCCUUACGGAAACCCAGUUCCAGGAGUAUUGUGACCAGGUGGCUAACACUCCGGUGUGGGGCGGUCAAGUUGAGCUGAGAGCGUUGGCACAUGUGUUGAAGUGCAGAAUUGAAGUGAUCCAAGCAACGGGUCCUCCGGUGGUGGUGGGGGAAGAGUUUCCUGAGGCAGAACGACUCAUCCUAACAUUCCACCGCCACAUGUAUAACCUGGGAGAGCAUUACAACUCGGUGACAAAGUACGUAGAAGAAACUAACGGGGAAUCUUGGAACGGAGAGACGGAGACUUCAUAGCAGUAGAGUGUGUGAGGGAGACAAACCAUUAGUUGAGCCUCUACAGGCGCCUUGUCCAUAGAAUGUGUAUAUCGCCUCACUCCGCCCUGGUACGACAGCCUGAUCUGCUUAACACACUUGUACAGAUAACGUUUUGGCUUAGGAACCGAUUUUGUUUUUGAAAGUUUUAACAUUUUUUCUAUUUUAUUUUACAUUUUAUUUUCUACUUAAAAUUGCUUUUUAUUGUUGAAGAUUGUAUUUUUAAUUAUUUAUUCAAUUUUGUAUUUAAUUUUUGAAAUUAUAUUCUCUAUUAUCUUGCAAGAUAAAAAUCUCAAUGUUUGCCAUGUUAAUUUUCAUUUUUCAAAACUAGAAAAAUAAAAUCGCUUGAGCUUCUUAUAGAGUACAAUAUAGAAAAGUUAGUCACAAAUUCGCCAAUAUAUUUUUAGUAGUGUUUGAUUCUGUGUUUUUAUGCAAUAAGUCAAGAACCUUAAUCCGUCCGUCAAGGUCAUUUGAAUAUUUAAUCCGAUUAUAAUGUUUAGCAAUUAUUUUUGAAUAUGUAAUAAAGGAAUGUCAAAAAUAUGCUACUAGGGCACUUUGCGUAAAAUCAGGUACCAUGCAAUCUGAUAUCUAUUUCGUUAUGAUUUUCAGUUGGGUGAGGAUUAGCUUAUUGAGCUUUUGUGCUUGGCGUCUAAUUCACUUAUGCCUAAUUUUUUACUGGGAUGGACAUGAUUGUAUAAAUAUAAUUAAUUACUAUUGAUAUUACAGAUCAAAUCAAUCAUUUUGUUGAGUUAAAAGAAAACUUUAUCGAUCAAAAAACUUAAAGAGAAUUAAAUCAUGUUGUAAAGAUUUAUCCAUCUAUUUCUAACUACACUGUGAGUUGACACUAUCCGUUUAGUGUUAUUAUUAUUUUACGUUUUAAAAAUAUGAUUCCAGAGAGACUCGACAUUGGUGAGUUUAAAACCUGUCAUGCUAUGUCACUCAACCAUGAUGUUCUAGUCACAAACAAUAUUUACCAUGGUAGAAUUGACUUAGAAGUCAUUAUGGUAAGUUUAUUUUAAAACUAAUCAUGUAUAUUUUUUUGCUUUUUGUGUUGUGCGUGCAAGAAAAUAAAUGUCUACAAGCAUUU